AUGGAGUUACCAGAUCCCUUCCUUCCUGGAGCUAUUUCUUUGUUGGAUCAACUUGAUAAACGAAUGAUGGUAAUGCUCAGAGAUGGCAAGACAUUGAUUGGAGACUUAAGGACCAUUGAUCAGUUUGCUAAUCUUGUUCUACAUAACACGUUGGAGAGGAUUUAUGUCGACAGUUACUAUGGCGAUAUUCCAAGAGGAAUGUUUCUGAUUCGUGGAGAAAACGUCGUACUAGCUGGGGAACUAACGGAAGAUGAACCAAAGAGCCUGACAAAGGUACGUUCACUUUUGUCUGUUUUAUCUUGGUUUAGGCACUUUAAAGGUCUGACAAAAUUGCUAGAACGUAGAAUUUGAUGUUUUUUCGGACGUUCUUUUCUUUAUUUUUAAUAUAUCUUUAUUUGUUAAAGGUUUUGUCUUAAUAUAGUGUAAAAUGUCCAUUUUCGUAUUCAAAAUAGAUGGUUUUAGGUACCACUUGAGGAGAUAUUGAGGAUGCAAAAGGAGAAACAAGAGGAAAAGGAAGAGCGGGACAAAGCCAGGAGACGUAUUCUGUCUGGUCGAGGUAGAAUAACGAAUCAAGUACAAGACAUUUUCGUUGACGAAUAAAAUAUUUUCAAUUUGUUAUCUUUUCAAAAACGCCUUAAGUAAUCUUUUAUGUGGCGUAUCAUCUUGUAAAUUGUUUUAUUUAUUAACUUGAACUCUAAAUAAACUGUUAACUUGAGCAUCAGGGUUAUAAUAAAGGUUAUUUUCCUAUUGGUACUUAAUUGAAGGUUUAAAAAGAUAUAUUUUUUUAUGUAAUGAAUAUAAAUUUAAAUAUUCUUUAUUUGUUCAAAAUCAAUGCAUUAUUCUAUAGGUUUCGUAAGCAUCAUAGUUUGGAAUCGACUGAUCGCAGCGGCCCCGGGAAAAGCCUUAAAUUUUCGCAUUUUUCAACAGUUUUUGCAACAUUCUAAACUUGCAGGUAAGGGAAAGUUUUCAAAAAUGACUAGAUUCGAGAAUGUACUAUAGUUAUCACAAUAUAAUUAACGUAAAAAACACGACAGACUUUAAAUUUUUGAUUAUAAUUAUACUUUUUGGGUCUUACAAGCGCAUUUCCUAAUUUAAGGAUUCCUUUUGCUAAAGUAAAAACUUUUUAAAAAAUAAAAACCGAUUUAACUCAUUCCAAUUCAAAGCUAUUUUCCACUUGCUCUGCCACGUCAAAUCUCCGUUUUUGGUGGUCAGACAUCAUCCGCAUAUCUCUGAAUAAGGCGUCUUUAUUUUCUUACUUACAUUCUUUUUUGUGUAUAACAUAUCUUUGAUUCCUAUUUGUUUUUUAUGUCUGGCUUUGGGUAACUAAAGAACCGUCUUUAAUUUUCUUUGACAGACAGUUUGCAGCUUUUUUGCGAACUUAGGAAACCCAAUCGGAAAGAAGGUUUACUUUGAAUUUAGACUUUAAUCGUCGCAUAAUUUAUUGGUUAGACUAAUUUUGUUGCUUUUUAAUAGUUUUAUCUAAAUGAGAUUAAAUUCAGAUUUCAAAUUACAAAUUUAUCACUACCAAUAUCAUAUUGAUGUUAUCAAAUUGUAAAAUUUCCAAUUUUUCUCAGAAACAUGCAAAAACUUUCUUUACAACCAUUUGUCACGUUUUUCAUUUUUUGUGUCAGUGGUUACUGAUAGCUUUUUGUUAUCACAAACUACUUACAUCGACUGAAAAGAAAAACUUUAGCACUUGAACCAAAUUCUAGAUAAAGAGACGUGGUGUAGACGUGGUUCUUUUUGCGGAGGGCUUUGCAUAUAAAUCGUUUAUUUUGAUCAUUUAUGGUGUUUUUACAGGUGUAUAUAUAUAUGUCGUUAGUCGUGGUCCAUAAAACAAAUUAAAACAGUUUGGAAUGGGGGUUCUUUUGCUGUUUCUGUCUUUUAAUAAUGAGGGUGGACAAUUUUUAAUUUUAUUUAUUUGGCUAUUGUUAGUUGUUGUCUAAUUGAAACUGUUAGUUUUGUAAACAUAUGUAACUACAACUAUUUAUACGCGUCUUUAUCACAUAAUUUAAACUCUUUUUAGUGAAGAUCUUACAACGUAUGUAAACCCUAUUAUAAAAUGCUAAUUUACAGGGCCCUGCAGGGUUUUUUACUUAAAAAUAGAAACAAUUCUAUUGAAAAAUCUGGCGAGAAGAGUAUUUUAAACCUAGAAUAUGUGUAUUUUUGGAGAAAAAUGCCAGUUUUUAAACAUUCGUUAAAAAUUUCAAAUGCACUUUAAAUUUUUUUCACAAAAAAUAUAUAUUUGUUCUUCUAUCGCCACGCCAAAUUGGGUACCAUUAACGUCUUUCAUCGGUAAAUUAAAAAAAUUUUAAAUCCGACAAAUGUCUUGUAACAUCGUACUUAUUUUCAGCACGAAAGAUGUCGACGGAAUCCACGGGGCCACGUAAGCAUAAUGUCGUGUUCGUAUUGGGUCCCCCAGGUAGUGGCAAAGGCACUCAGUGUGCCAAGAUCCAACAAAAUUUUGGAUUCGUUCAUUUGAGUGCUGGAGAUCUGCUUCGUGCUGAACGGAAAAGAGAAGGAUCUGAGUUCGGAGAGCUGAUCGAGACCCAUAUCAAGAACGGCAGCAUCGUGCCGGUCGAGAUCACCUGCAAGUUGAUCGAAAAUGUAAGUAUAUUAUUGGUUUUAUACAGGGUGGCCUUUGCAGCUAAUCGUUUUCGGUUUUUAAUCACAUUCCGACCAAACCAUGUCUUUAAAUUAUUUUUUGACCUAUAUUACCAAUUUGCAGGCCAUGCUAGCGUCGGGAGAUGCCCAAGGUUUCUUGGUGGACGGAUUCCCUCGCAACAAGAACAAUCUUGAGGGAUGGCAAAAGGAGAUGAACGACAAAACCAAAGUUCAUUUUGUACUGUACUUGGCCGCUCCGUUGGACGUUUGUGUUGGCCGAUGCUUGGGCCGGUCUGAAGGCCGUGUCGAUGAUAACGAAGAGACAAUGCAGAAACGUAUCGUUACCUACAACGAGCAGACCAUGCCCAUAAUCGACUACUAUAGGGGACUAGGACUCGUUAGACAGAUUUCUUCCGAACCAGGACCGGAUGAGGUAGGCCUUUUUAAAUCUUUAGGCUUGUGUAAGUUUUCGAAAUUAAGGGGUGGUAAAACUCGGAAAAGACACGCUAUAUGUUGUAUACUUUUUGUUUUCAGUAAUAGGUAACAUAAUAGUGUGUUUUGUUGUAAAAUACAGUUCUCUCAAGCGUGUGAUGGUAAAACUGUGAUUUCUAGGUCUUCGUAAGCGUAGAAAAAGUUUUUACCGAAGCCGGGUUCAACUCACAGUAA